UUGGGAAGAGUGGUGCGUGGCGUUGCUCUCCCCCUCCCCAGGUUGCGCAGCGUGAAGAUGGAGCAGCGGAAGCUGAGCGACCAGGCCAACACGCUGGUCGACCUCUCGAAGAUGCAGAACGUGAUGUACGACCUCAUCACCGAGCUCAACGACCGCAGCGAGGACCUGGAGAAGCAGCUGGGCAGCCUGGAAUCCAAACUGGAGCAGCUGAGCGCCAGCUUCAACUCACUGCCUCUGCUGCUGGCCGACAUGCUGCGCCAGCAGCACCAGCGCCUGCUCGCCGCCGUGGUGGAGGCUCGGGCCGUUGCCGUGCCUGCCGGCACCCCGCAGACCCCUCUAUCCGAGAGCCCCAUCGGAGUCAGCUCCACCUCCUUCCCCACCCCGUACACCAGCUCCAGCAGCUGCUAAAAGCGCAGAGCAAAGCCCCCUCCUGGCGCUCCGUGGACACGGGGAGAGCUGGCGGCGGCCCCGAGGACUCGGCGUUCCCUCUGGGAACGGCGUUGGAGCGGUGAUGCCUUGGGAUGGACAUCUCCCCCCUUCUCCCCUGUCCCCCAGACCCGCUCCCUUUCCUCCCCCCCCCCCCCCCCCCGUUUCGGUGCCUCUACUCGUGGUGAAGGAAGGGGACGGAGGCGACGCUUCGCGCCGCGGCGCUCGGUGGAGGACAGGAAUCCACGCUCAAUCUCAGGUCUUCACAUUGAAAACAAAACAAAACGAACACAAACCAGUCGGAAGCACUGAAGCGACGGAGACACCGGAGGGAGAAUCGCACCGUGUGGAGCUCGGGGCUACGGGGGGGCACAAGGCUGCUCACCCCCAACCCCUCCCAGUGCGUUCCCCUCCUCCUGACCUUGGAGUUCUUGCACAGCUCUGCCCUGAGAUGUCCGUGCUCCGUCCCGUCUCCUUGCCAAGACACCAACACGUUCCCCUCGCUCUGUUCCAGGGUAGGUGGUGGGCUCCGAGCUGACCGGGGGUUCUCUCUGCAGCACCGGUGCUCUCCGUUGGGGCAGAACCAGCUCUUCGUUUUGGCUCAUUGGAGUCUCGAGCAAUGCUUAAUACAGGUGGGGACGGCCCCACCGCUGCCCCCCACCCCAUCCGGAGGUCUCCAAACCCCGGAACACCCCUGAGGUCGGGGAAGGCACCGGGCGCAGCUCCGACCCCGAUGCCGCGGACGAUGCUCAGUGUGGGACGCUUCAUCUGUUUAAAACCACCCCCACCCCACACCGCUCCUGCUGGGGGUCAGCAGCACCGGGGAGCGAAGAUCCCUGUUCUGCUGUCACCGUGUCCCCUUCUCGUGUCACCCCGCAGCAGUUUGGGGUUCUGCCCGGUCCCUGCGCUGCCCCCGCUUUGGGGACGGCGUUUGCUGCUUUCAUUGAAAACACGGCAGAGGAUAUUUAUAUAUUUUUAAACAGAUGAA